ACGAUUUAACGUGGCGUGGUUCUGGUGCAAAGUAUAAAUAUGAGGGAGAAAGAGAGAGAUAGAGAACCGACACCGACGGUACCAACCGUGAGCCCGGAAAUAUGCUUGACGUUAGUAUAUUUACAGAUAGUUAUGUUGUAAAUAUCCCCUGCAUAUACUUGUCAUACUGAGUUUUCAGAGUAAAGAGAUAGAAAGUAGAUAGAUCGGGAAAGAGAGAGAAAGAGAGAGAGAGAGAGAGAGAGAGAGAGAGAGACCAUCAAUUUACUACGUCGUUUAAUUCUCGCGUGAGUCGACGAGAAAGAUGUUUCAGUUAAAUGAGAAAACGCUUCGGCCGGAUUUGGCUUUCAAUUUAUAAAGUGGAAAUACUCAUCGUACGUUCCACGUCGUAAUGUCUCCUUGGGGCUUAUUAAAAGCGAAUAAGCGGUGUUACGUGAAACACGCUUCACGUUCCAGGGAUCUUCUAUUAAUCAGAUUAAAAUGGUUCAUUCUUCUCAUUCUUUUUCUUCAGUAUCUUACGAGAGAAUAAUAAUACACAGUAGUUGGAGAAAAAAAUAAAAGAAAGAAGAAAAAUAAAAAGGGAUAGGUGAUUGUAACGAAUCGGGACUCAGUCAAAAGAGAAAUAAAACGUUCUUUCUGAGUUCGAAAAAAAGGUAAGCAAAAGAAAAUAAAAACGAAAGCAAAGCGAGUCAAGUCAAAACAAAAAAGAAAAGAAAACAAAAUAAAAGUAAACAAAAAGGGAAAGGAAAAAUCAGGAGGCGAGACGAAAUCUAGGACCGAGCGCGUGCGCUUUGGGAUAGGCGAAGGAGGGUUGAGGAAAAGGUUGAGGAGUAGGGGUUGGCGCCCGGUGGCGCCCCACUCGUCGCUCGGCACCCUUCCACUUUUGGCUCGCGGCGCGCACGCCGUCGCCGCCGUCGCCGCGACGGCAGGGUUGGGCUGUUGUCGGAAGGGUGGAGGUGUCAGGCGCCAGUCGCUACGCGGACGCUGAGCUCGGGAUUUCCCUCGUCUUCGCGAUAUAGAGCUCUAUUUUCAAUCGUGAAAGGAUAGAGUGAUCGAUUCGAAAGUACAGUAAUUCAUCGAAGGUGGUUUCGAGAGAGGAUAAAGAGGGAGCUGUACGAAGAGAGAAAGAGAGAGAGAGAGAGAGAGAGGAGGAAGUGAAGAGGAGUAGAAGGAGGGGGAGAAGGAGAAGAAGGAUCAUGGAGAAGAAUGGAUCGAGAUUGUGAUGUUACUUGCGAGGGAAUAUACGAUUAAAAAUAAUAACGGAAGUGGCAUAGGUGUAAUAUAUUACUUCGGCGAAGAUUGGAUGAAACGUUUCAACGAAGGUAGAUAAGAAUAAAAAGAGGGAAAGGAAAAACAGUUUGGGCGAUAUCAGAAAGAGGACAUCGAGGAUCGGCAGUGAAAGAAAAAUAAGGAAGAUAAGAGAAAAGGACCUUAGGUGGAUUUUAUGAAAAGGCGAAAAAUGCGAUAGAGAUUGGUGAAUGGUCGAUGAAGCAUCAUCAUGUGCUCGAGUGUAAGAGCUUGGUGGUGGAGGGGAGCUCUCUUGGGCACAAUGAUGCUCGCUUGGACUUGUAUCGUCGAGGCUUGCCCGAGUAUGUGUGCCUGCAAGUGGAAGGGUGGAAAGGAGUGGGUGGAGUGUGCGAAUCGAGAUCUGAAGGGACUACCACAGGGUGCCGGAGAGGAGACUCAGGUGUUGGAUCUGUCGGACAAUCACCUGGUCAGUUUACCACCGGAAUGCUUUCACGCUUUGGGACUGAUCAAUCUUCAGCGACUCUAUCUCGGUAGAUCGCAUAUCAGUAGAAUAGCCGUGAGAGCGUUCGAAGGGUUGGUCGGGCUGGUUGAGUUGGAUCUGACAGAAAAUCUGAUCGACGAGAUACCAACGGAAAGCUUUUCGUCUUGCCCAAAUCUCAUGAGGCUGACGUUGAACGGUAAUCCUAUAGUGGAGAUCAAAAGGGGCGCCUUUCAUCGUCUGGUGCAUCUGACGAAUCUGGAGUUGAGCCAUUGCAGACUUGAGAUCAUCGAAGAAGGUGCCUUCGAUGGUUUGCAUUCCCUCGAAUGGUUACGUCUGGAUGGUAAUCGAUUGACGUACAUGCCAAAUCAUACCUUACCACUCGGUGGUAGCUUUCGAGGAUUGACAUUACACAAUAAUCCUUGGUUGUGCGACUGUGGCUUGAGAAUUCUGCAGGCUUGGCUGAAGGAAUCAGCACCGGCAGCUCCUCAGGAAUCUGAACCUAUUUGCGAUAUGCCAGUUCGUUUACGAGAUAGACAGAUAAAAACGUUAAAGGACAACGAGCUCGCGUGCCUACCGCGGAUUGAGUUGCAGGAACGUGUCGACGUAUACGAGGGUAGCAACGUGACAUUCCAAUGCAACGUCCAUGCUAUACCGGCAGCUACGAUCACAUGGUGGUUCAACGGAGAUAUCUGCGAGCUUCAGAAUGAGAAUGAUUCCUCGACGAUGAACUUCGUAACUUUUCAAAGAUACAUCUAUAGGCAACGUGGCUCGACCAACAUGUCGAGCACUCUGUACGUAUACUCGGUGGAGGCUAACAACGAUGGCGUCUAUAGUUGCGUCGCAGAGAACACUGCUGGUACUACUGGCGCUAACGUCACCCUGAAGGUUCUGUUCCGUGAAAAGGUAACCGCGGAACCUCCAUCGGACGAUCCAGGUUCCGGUUAUGUAGCAGCGAUAGCUGCUGGCGCGCUAGUAGGCACUCUCUUCGUUCUUGGCUGCGUGGUCGGUAGUAUUGUAUUUUGCGUGCGGAAACGUCGACGCGAUCGGAAGAGGAAUUCCAAGGCAUUGGUCUCGCAAAAUAAAUCGGUGAUGCCUAUCACGAAGGAUACAACGACGAGUCUGCCAAGUUGUAGAAAGGGUAAUGGCAGUUUGGUUGGUUUCGAGCAUCAACAGAUCGUAUCUUACACUGAACGCGAAAUUGGCAGAGCUGCGACCUUGGAACGAAGAGAACAACGUGGUGGUAAUUUGGAAGAGUCCUAUGGUAGUCCGGUAUCAAAGUAUUUAACAGAACCGGACUUGAUAAAUGAAGUUCCUGAAACCACGGACGUGACCUAUGGCCAAUUAUACCGUCAUCAGACAAACGAGAGGCACGUACUCGAAUACGACUCUGGUUAUCCGAUACAACCACCGGACUUACGUCCAUCGAAUAUACCGCAAUUGAGUUACUUGGAUCAGGAUGGAUAUCCUAUAAAUUUUGGCCUGCCAAAGAUCUCGUUCAAUAACGCGAGUACGCUUCCACGUUUAAGGACAAGAAUGGCAGAGGGUUCGGCCGUUGCCCCACCGGCUAGAUACUCGAGAGAAGCUGAGUUCUUAGCUAGAUCGACGGCAGGUUAUGAUCCAGUUUUACCUAGAACCGAUGCUAGAUACACUGCCGAAGGUUAUCCGUACCCUCCUCAUCAACCAGUUGAACAACCAAUACAGCAGCAGCUUCAACAACCCGUCGUCUCGCCCGUUGUCUCGCCUGCCUCAGUUUUUCCAGAGGUUCCUUUCAUACCGUCACCACCUGCUGCUUACAGAGGCGAAACCACACCACUAUCACCGAGAUCUUUACUCGGCAAGACUGCACGUGAAGCAGCCGCUGCUGCUGCUGCCAGGGCGGACGAACUUCAGCCACCUCAUCAUCCAGAAAGUCCGGACGAAGGUUACGUUGGCGAUGCCAUGGACGUUUGAAAAUUAUCACGAAUUUCAUCGUGCUCAAUUGAUCGAUACAAAAAACGGUAAAGACGGUGGGAUCGAUUUCUAUUUCAUUCGGAUGACCAAAUCUCUCGUUCCAAAUGUUCCGCUACUCUGUGCUUCCAUCAUCGAUUUUUGUUAGUUGUUUUCUUUCAAUUCCAAAUGACGAGUAAAACAGUCGAAAAGGAAAAUGGAAAAAGAAAAAGAAGGGAACUAUGAUCGAUUGAUCCGAAAGAAUAGCCAUACGAAGUAUUAAUAAUCGUUUCUAUCGUUGGACCAUUUAAACUCAUUUUGAUCGACAUCGAAAUAAACGAAGAUCGAGCUGUGGAUUUAUGUGUUCGAUUUAAAGACAUUUCAUCCACAUAUCGUGUAGUAAAUUUUGUGGGGGCAACAUCGUGCUAUUACUUCGUACACUCACAGCUCUCUAUCAUCCAUCGUCUUUCUAUAUCCUUCGAAAUGGGUCGACGUCGUCGUUGACAUAGUCGUUCUCGGCCAUCGAAAUGGGCGUUAAGACGACAUCGAAUCGGAGGAAGCAUAGAGGAAGCUCGAACAAAGGAGGAAUCCCACUGUCGGUACCGGUCCUACGAAAUUAAUCAGCUAGGAGAGAGAAUAUCUGGAAUUCUCGGACUACGACGACGACGACGACGACAUGUCUCUCUCUCUCUCUCUCUCUCUCUCUCUCUCUCUCUCUCUCUCUCUCUCUCUCUCUCUCUUUCUCUCUCUCUUUCUCUUUCUCUUUCUCUUUCUCUCUCUCUUGUGAGAUCAUAAUUUCUUGUCAUAGACACGUCUCUUGACGUUCGUUGCAGAAUGCUUCGAAUCGAAUAAUAAUAAUCGGUCGACGUAGAUCUCUACGUAGAUCCUCAUAUGGCCCCAUAGAUCCUCUUCGGCCCCUUUAAGGAACGGGAAUCUAUUCGUAAAUCAUUCAACGAAUAUAAUUAUCGUUCGACGAUCAAAAAGUCAACUGUGAAACAGAUUAUAAUAAUUUCUCUGACAAAUGACAGUGAAAUAUGUGCGACGUAUAUAGAUAUAUAUAUACAUACUUUCGACGAGAUGAUUUGAAAAACAAAGAGAUAGAUAGAGAGGUGAUUAACGAUAAGAGAAAGAUCAACGACCUAACAAGUAAUUAUCUACACGACACUGUACGUACAUACGUAUAUACGUGAAAUUCGUUCGAUCGCAAAACUUUUCACCAUCCUCUUCACCCUCGUCUCAUCCCAUCGAUAACUUCACCUUUUUUAGACGUACUAAGUAAACCAAUACGAUUAAUGGAACUUCGAGACAUUUUCUGGGACGAAAAAAGAAAAAGAAAAUAAAAAAAAAAAAAAGGAAGAAGAAGAAGAAGCAGGGAUUUUGCGGAUGUAGUCAUUCUGCUGUAGUGAUAAUAAUGUUAACUCGGUGUUUAAGACUGCCGGAUUGGAGGUAACGUCGAAUUAACAGGACGAUAGAUAUUACUGGUGGUUACUUUAAAUAUCUAAUGUACAGAGACU